UUUCAUCAAAACCCUUCUCACAAUAAUAUCUUACUUUGUCUUGAGAUAAUUAAUAUUCAUCUUGACAUAACAACUUGUUGAAUAUGGAUGAGCUUGCAUUUUUAAUGGAUUGGGAUUUGGAAGCUAUCAAUGGAUUAGCUCCAACAACAAAUUAUUUUUCUCAUUUAUUUUCUGAACAAGAUGAUGAGUUAUUAUUUGGAAGUUUACCAGAAUUCUCAAAAACCAAAAAUGCUCUUAUUGAUGAAUUUGAAGAACUUUGCAAACCUUGCUACCCUCUUUCAUCUCAAACCAUCGUUACAAAUUCUCUUACUACUGUCCCAAAAGAGCCUCAUCAUGAAGUCAAAGAAAUUAAAGCAUCAAAGAAAGUAGCUUCUCAAGAUUUGCAAGUUCUUGCAGUACCUAAAUGUAAAAAAAGCAAGAAAAACAAGAACAAGAGUAUUGUGAAGAAAGUAACAGCAAUGGAUGGUACUCUUUGUGAUGCAUGGGCAUGGCGAAAAUAUGGACAAAAACCGAUAAAGGGUUCACCUUAUCCGCGAAGCUACUAUAAAUGCAGCAGUUCCAAAGGAUGUCCGGCAAGAAAACAAGUUGAAAAGAAUCAUUUGGAUCCAAAAGUUUAUAUAGUUACGUACACUGCAGAACAUAAUCAUCCUGAACCAACUCGAAGAAACUCGUUAGCCGGAAGCACGAGGAAGAACAAUCUCUUGGUUACACAUUCUUCAAGCACAUUAACUCGUGCCCAAAAAACUUGUUCUAUAAAUUCUUUAGUGGUAACUCACUCUCCAAACACACCUUUGGUGAAAAUUGAAGAUGAGGUAAGUAUGCAAGAACAAAGUAAUGGAAUAUUGGAGGAUGCGGAAGAUCAUCAUCUUCUUGAGUGGUUGAAUGGUGGUCAAUUAUGUGAUGAUGAUGGUUGGAUUCCAAAUAAAGAGCUAGAGGAAUUUAUUGGACUAGAUAAUAUGUACCAAUAACAUGCAUGAUAUGUAUGGUUUUGAUGACACUUGUUAGUUUCCUUAAAAACUUUGUUUGGAUUUUGAAGAGAAAAUGAGAUGAAUUAAAUAGAAUGAGAUAUUUAGAUUUUAUUGUUUGUAUAUAUAUGUUUAGAAUAACAUUUGAAUGAA